AUGAUUCGCUUUCUGGGGCUACUGGCUGCAGUUCUUUGCCUGAGCUUGCAAUGCCAGGUGAACGCUGAAUCCCAUUUGAGCAGGAGUGACAUUGAAAGGGCCGUGAUUGAGGCCAAGGUCACCGUAGACUCAGCCUAUGAGUACUCCAGGAGAGUGAGUGUUGAACGCGUGAGGAGGAAUGCAGUGAGUCCCUCAGACAUCCUGCGGUUGGUGAAGCAGCCUGUUGGGUCAACCCGUAAUGCCGUGCGUGCUGCUGACUAUAUGGAUAAUGCCGUUAAACUGAUCAAGAGGUCUAUUGAAAGACGUCAAAAACGCUCCAUCAAUGCCACUGAUCUGAUCUCUGAGGAGGAUCUGCAGGUCAUUGCUGAACUGUCAGGCUGCUCUCCCCAACAUCGUGAGCCUUCUUGCAUAACCAUGAGCAAUUUAGACAAAUUUCGCACUGCAAGCAGCUCCUGCAACAACAGGAAAAACACCCGCUGGGGAUCCUCCAGCACACCUUUCACCCGCUGGCUCCCUGCCGAGUAUCAGGAUUCAAUCUCUCUGCCCAAAGGCUGGUCCCCUGGGAUGACAGUCAACGGACAUCUUCUUCCCUUGGUCAGAGCAGUGUCCAACAAUAUUCUGCGGACAGCAAACUCUGAUGUGGUGAGCGACCCAUACUUCAGUAACCUUGUAACAAUCUUCGGCCAGUGGACGGAUCAUGACCUGACCUUCACUCCUCACUCUCCUACUAUCCGCUCAUUCAGUAAAGGGAUUGACUGUGACAAGAGCUGUGAACGCACAGAGCCCUGCUUCCCCAUUGAGGUUCCAAGGCAAGACCCCCGCUUUGGGAUAAACUCUUCGGAGUGCAUCCCCUUCUUCCGCUCAGCAGCAGCUUGUGGUUCUGGCAACACCGGACACAUUUUUGGUGGAAGCACCGUCCGUCAGCAGAUGAACUCUCUCACAGCUUUCCUUGAUGUAGGUCAGGUGUACGGUUCAGAGGACACCAAAGCUCGUUUCCUACGAGACCUCACCUCAGAUAAGGGCCUGCUGAGAGUCAACACACAGUACACUGACAACGGCCGUGAGCUCCUGCCCUUCGCCACCAUGGUUACCAACAUGUGUGCCACCCGAGCCCGCAUUACCAAUGACAGCAAUGCAGAGGAGGUGCCCUGCUUUUUGGCUGGUGACGAACGGUCCAAUGAGCACAAUGGGCUGACGGCUUUACACACACUGUUCUUCCGUGAGCACAACCGUGUAGCCCGUGCUCUGGCGGAUCUCAAUCCUCACUGGGACGGAGAGAGAAUCUAUCAAGAAGCACGUAAAAUCCUGGGAGGAUAUUCACAGGUUCUAACUUUCAGAGACUACUUAUUUCACAUUGUUGGUCCAGACUUCAUUGCCAGUCAGCUGUCCACCUACCCUGGUUAUGAUGAAGACGUGGACCCCUCGAUCUCCAAUGUGUUCGCCACAGCUGCCUACCGAUUUGCUCACCUGAUGGUUCAGCCAUUCAUGUUUCGACUAAAUGAGCAGUACCAGGAGGACCCUGAUAACCCCAGCCCAUUGCUGCACAAAGCCUUCUUCGCGCCGUGGAGGAUUGUCUUUGAAGGUGGUCUGGACCCAGUCAUCAGGGGCCUGGUGGGUCGUCCGGCCAAGCUGAACACACAGGAUCACAUGAUGUCUGAUGAGCUGAGAGACACUUUUAAAUUCACCAAUGAGUUGGCUCUGGAUCUGGCUGCCCUCAACAUGCAGAGAGGAAGAGACCAUGGACUUCCUGGCUACAACAAAUGGCGCAGGUUCUGUGGGCUAUCACAACCACAAAAUCUGGCAGAGUUGGGUCAAGUGCUGAACAACACCGACCUGGCCGCCAAACUGCUGAAUUUGUACGGAACACCUGACAACAUUGAUGUGUGGCUUGGAGGAGUGGCUGAACCGUUUGUCCCUGGAGGAAGAGUGGGACCUUUGUUUGCCUGCCUGAUUGCCGCUCAGUUCAAGCGGAUCCGCCAGGGAGACAGAAUUUGGUGGGAGAAUAACGGAGUAUUUACUGCGGCCCAGAGGAACUCCCUGAAGGACAUCUCGCUAUCUCGCAUUAUCUGUGACAACACUGGUAUCACUGAAGUACCGGAAAAACCCUUUCUCUACCGGCCUCGAGGCACCGGGUACACCCAGUGCGCUAACAUCAGUGCCUUUGACCUCAGUCCGUGGAGGGAGAAUUCACAAGAUCCACGUGGACCCCCAGGAGAAAGUGGUCCUCCUGGACCCCCUGGACCCCCUGGACCCCCUGGCCCUCCUGGCAACGUGGAGAAUGUUGCUUUCUCUAUGCGACUUGGCAACAACUUCCCCAAAGCCGGCGUGCCCAUCAUCUUCAAUGAAGUCAUCUACAAUGGACAGAACAGCUAUGACACAAAGACAGGGAUGUUUACAUGUCAGAAUCAAGGUGUGUAUGAAUUCCAGUUCCACUGCACCAUCCACCAAAGCGAUGGUAGUGUGGAUCUGAUGCGUAACAACUAUCUGGUUCUGCACUCAUUCACCACACGGCAGAGCGGUUUCAUCACAGCCAGUGGCAGCACGUACAUUAAGCUUAACAGGGGAGACUAUGUCUAUCUGGUUGCCAACCACGGUGGCAACGGUUUGACCAGGGACUGUUUCUUCUCAGGGCAUUUGCUGUUCACUGAGUAG